CGCAGCCCCGGGCUCGCCCGCCCUGCUCGGGAGUGUGGUCCCUGCCGGGAGCCGCCGCGCCUGGCGCACAGAGGGAAGCGUUGAUGCAUCGCUGUGGAAAUUCAUUGUGUGACUUUCUGGGUAUUUACUGAGUUUCAGACCGAGAUGCAGCUCUUGAAAGCUUUAUGGGCACUAGCAGGAGCAGCGAUCUGCUGUUUUCUUAUAUUUGUCAUCCACUCACAGUUUCUUAAAGAAGGUCAACUGGCUGCAGGUACAUGUGAGAUUGUUACUUUGGACAGAGAUAGCAGUCAGCCCCGAAGGACUAUAGCCCGACAAACAGCUCGCUGUGCAUGUAAAAAAGGACAGAUUGCCGGCACAACAAGAGCAAGGCCAGCGUGUGUUGAUGCACGAAUUAUCAAAACAAAACAGUGGUGUGAAAUGCUUCCGUGUUUAGAAGGAGAAGGCUGUGAUUUGCUAAUCAAUAAAUCAGGCUGGACCUGUACACAACCAGGAGGACGGAUAAAGACAACCACGGUCUCCUGACAAAUGCAGCAACACAGAAUCCUCGUAGGAGUGGUUUAGGCUCUCUGUGAGCUACUUAACUUAGUCAAGUUUCACUGCUGUUGAUCAUCAUCUGUUAUAUGUCAUCAACUCAACUGUCUGUUUCUCUGUAUCUCAUGAAUGACAGCAUAAUUCCUCUGCAUUAUGAGCUAAAGUUUGUUCUACCAUUCUAAGGAUCACUGGACUAAGGAAUAUAGAAAAAGAGAUAUGCUUGGGCAUUAGCAAUACAAAAAAGUUCAUGGUUAACGUUUCAUCUGCGUUAUACACCACUGCUGGACUUGCUGUUACCUACAUGUUUCAAUCCGAAGAGUCUGCUACAAUGAAGAGUAUCAUCCCAAUCAGCCUUAGAGAAGACUGUUUUGCCUAUGGGAGGACACUGAGGUGCAAAAGAGAAACUCUUCUUGUGCCCUAAACUGUCUGAAUUGCUUUUAUUUUCUUAUACUUUCAGUAUUUACAAUAGACCAAAGAGCAAAAUCUAUUUUAAAGUGGACACAAUCUUACUCUUAAGAGAGUUAUGUCAUUAAAUUGAAGGAGGUCUCUACAAAGACAUGAUUCCAGCUUUCACAAAGCUGAAAUGUUGUCCAGCAGAAGUCUUUAUGGAAAGCUGAAGUAAACACUAACUCAGAGACCUGCUCUUGAAAUGCCAUGUUCAAGAGAACAUAAUGGAACACUGAGAGAAAAUUACCUGUUUGAAAAACUUGGACAAAAAGAACACAAACUGUCUACGCGGCACCUUUAUUCCUCUGUACUUAGAUUGACUUUCUCGUACUAAAAUCAUUUUCCGUUUUAACCAGUUAAACAUGCCUCUUCUACAGUUCCAUUUUUGAUAGUUAAAGUUGGAUAAUACAGUAUUUGCAAAGAGCAUGUUUGGUCAUCUGUGGCCUAUGUCUCAUCUGAUACACCAUUUAGCACCAGAAAGCAAAUUAAAGAGAAAACAAAAGUAACACUUGUUUGAAAGAGAUCAUUAAAUGUAUUUUGAAAAGCCUAAAGUUAUAUAUUUAACAGUUUUUAUAUGUUGUAUAUUUGUAGAAAAUCCUAUUUAACAAUUAACGUGAUAACUCUGACAGUCAUGAAAAGUGGUUCAGAGUUAAGUUGUGUUUUAUUACUUCAGUUGUCUCUGAAGUGACCAGUGUCGUUUGCUUUCUUCCAUUGGGACAUUCUGGAUGUAAAGCAUGACCAGAGAGGACUGUGUAGAAAAAGCAAAGAAUAAUGUUGUUUAUAUUACAUAAAUGCAUUCAACCAUUGCA